AUGCCCGGCGCUCCGUCGUCCUCCUGGGCCGUCUACAGCGCCAGGCUGAAGAGCUUGGUGAAGCAUCCCAACAUGAGGGUCAUCGUCGCCUUUUGGUUACUUGGUCUCAUCAACAAUGUGCUCUACGUAAUCAUCCUCUCGGCCGCGCAAGACCUCGUCGGAUCGCUCCCGAAAGGCGUCGUCCUCCUAGCCGACGUCGUUCCCUCGUUCUUCACCAAGCUCAUUGCUCCAUAUUUUAUUCAUCGCAUACCAUACCCGAUACGAGUCCUCAUCUUCAUCGCGCUAUCUGCGGGCGGCAUGCUGAUGAUUGCUAUCACACCUCCGUCCAAGUCGGUGCCAGUGAAGAUGGUGGGAGUAAUCUUGGCCAGCUUGGCCAGCGGUGGAGGCGAGCUCAGUUUCCUGGGACUGACGCAUUACUACGGGCAUGUGAGCUUGGCCGGUUGGGGAUCUGGCACUGGCGCAGCCGGUCUAGUCGGAGCAGGAUUAUAUGUGCUGUUGACCGAUUGGUGGGGGUUUACUGUCCAGCAGAGCUUGCUGUUCUCGGCUUGUCUCCCUGCCAUCAUGUUCAUCAGUUUCUUCUUCGUCCUUCCCUUAGACCCGCUGCGUCAAGGCAGCGCUUUGAAGGAAUAUGAUGCUGUUCCGGAAAGAGACGUAGAGGACGAAGAUGCAGGCCAGACGGAGCAGGAGAUUGCAGCUAGCACUUCUGCUCUGCUUGUGCCUGAGCCGUCUGUCCUAUCAGCAAACACUGCAUAUGCCAUGACCCGGGGCGAGACGAAUUCUCUACCCAACAACUUGCGGAGAGCCAAGGCGCUCUUUAUACCGUACAUGGCUCCCUUGCUGCUGGUAUACAUUGCCGAGUAUACCAUCAACCAAGGUGUCGCGCCAACGCUGCUCUUCCCACUCGAAUCGUCGCCAUUCAAGGAGUUUCGUGAAUUCUACCCAUUCUAUGGGUUCCUAUACCAAGUCGGCGUCUUCAUCUCGCGAUCGUCCACAUCCUUUUUCCGUGUCCACUACUUAUACCUCCCAUCCCUUCUCCAAGUCGGAAACCUAAUUCUUCUAACGCUGCAUGCUAUGUUCUUCUUCAUUCCCUCCGUCUACAUAGUAUUCAUCAUCAUCUUUUGGGAGGGCCUGCUGGGCGGCGCUGUAUAUGUGAACUGCUUCGCCGAAAUCAUGGAAAACGUGCCGGCCGAGGAGCGCGAGUUUAGUCUUAGCGCUACAACGGUAAGUGACAGCGGAGGUAUUUGCAUUGCGGGCUUGAUCAGCAUCGUGAUGGAGACGAGCCUCUGCGAUUACCAAGUUGCGCAUGGGCGCGAUUGGUGCCAGAGGGUGACAGUUUCACAUGGCCGAGGAUUAUAG